AUGUCCAAAGACCCCGAGGACGCCAAGAUCCGCGUCGACACGGCCGCCGACAGCGCGGACGAGGCCGGCGGCAGCGGCAGCGGCAGCGGUACCGACGCUGAGGCCCAGGCCGGUGUGAGGAACAUCGAGGCCACGACGGUCGCGUGGAACAAGAACACUCUCAUCAUCGCCUACGUCCUCAUCUGGCUGACGUACUGCGUCGAGGGCAUGCUGGCCAACACGACCAACGCGCUCACGCCCUACGUCACGUCCGCCUUCAUCCAGCACUCGCUCACGCCGACCGUCGGCAUCCUCAGCAGCGUCAUCGGCGGCGUCACCAACCUGACCCUCGCCAAGAUCCUCGACGUCUUCGGUCGUCCCCAGGGGUACCUCUUCUGCAUCGUGCUGGCCACGGUCGGCAUGGUCAUGAUGGCCGCCUGCAACAACGUCGAAGCCUACGCCGCCGCCCAGGUCUUCCAGAUCGUCGGCAACAACGGCAUCCAGUACAGCCUGUCCGUUUUCGUCGCCGACACCUCCACCCUGCAGAACCGAGGCCUCAUGCAGGCCAUCGUCAGCACGCCCAACCUCUUCACCGGCUUCCUCGCGGGGCCCAUCGCCUCGGGUUUUGUCAACGGCCCCGGCUGGCGCUGGGCGUUUGGCAUGUUCACCAUUAUGGUGCCCUGCAUCACCCUACCGCUCUACGGCAUCCUGGUCAACAACUUCCUCAAGGCCAAGAGACUCGGCCUCGUCACCAAGUCCGACAGCGACCGGACGCCGCUGCAAUCGUUUCUGCACUACUGCCGCGAGUUCGACGCCAUCGGGUUGCUUCUUCUCUCGGCCGGCGUUGCCUUGUUUUUACUGCCGUUCAACCUCUACACCUUGCAGGCACGCGGUUGGACCUCGCCUCUCGUUCUCAGCAUGCUGAUCAUCGGCUUUUUCCUCAUCAUCGCCUUUGUCGUGUGGGAGAGGUUCUUCGCGCCCGUUACGUUUAUUCCGUACUCGCUGCUGCUGGAUCGGACUGUUUUCGGCGCAUGUAUCCUCUCGGCAGCACUCUUCAUCAGCUACUCGAUCUGGAGCGCCUUCUUCCCCUCAUACCUGCAGGUGGUCAAGGGUCUCAGCAUUGACGAGGCGACCUAUGUCAUGCAAACGUACUCGGUCACGUCCGUCGUCUUUGCCGUAGCCGCGGGCGCCUUGAUCCACAAGACUGGCCGGUUCAAGCCUGCGACGCUGUUCGUGGGAGUGCCGCUUAGUGCGUUUGGUCUGGGCCUUCUGAUGCACUUUCGCAAUGCGGACGGCAACAUCGGUUACAUCGUCAUGUGUCUCAUCUUUAUCGGCAUCGCGGCAGGAACGAUCAUCGUAUGCGACGAGAUUGCCAUGCUGGCUGCUGGAGCCCAUCAGUACGUUGCCGUCUGCCUUGCCGUUCUAGGCAUGUUCAGCAACGUCGGCGGUGCCAUUGGCUUCACCGUGGCUUCUGCCAUCUGGCAAAACACUCUGCCCAACAAGCUGCUCGAGUAUCUGCCCGAGGAGGAUCUGCCCAAUCUCAUCAUGAUUUAUGGCGACAUCAACACACAGCUAUCAUACCCAGUCGGUACACCUACCCGAGACGCCAUCCAGCAUGCGUACAGCGAUGCCUAUCUGCGGCUGCUGGCCGUGGGCACGGGUGUUUGGGCUUUUGGGUUUAUCGGGGUGCUAAUGUGGCGCAACAUCAACGUCAUUGGCAUCAAGCAAGCCAAGGGGCACGUCUGGUAA